AUGGGAAUUGAACCUAGUCUGGAACUGACCCCGUACCCUGGUGGUGCAAGGCUUUUAGAAAUUGUGUCUGUUGAUGAUGUCACUCCUGUUCCAGGCUCCACAGAGGCUGCUUUUCUGCCCCCGGCUCCGCCCCUUGCUACACAGGAUAUGAACCAUCUUCAUGUCACUGAAGGCUGCAGACUGGAAGGAAAUGGUGAUGCAAAACUCAUCACUGCAUACACAGGAGACUCAGUACUGCUGCCCUGCUCCUGCACUGACCUCCACAACACACCUGGGACACUGAUAUGGAGGAAAUACCCAAAUGUAGAUGAUUGGGUAGAUAUAUCUCCUAAGAGUGAGCAGUACAAAGACAGAUUUAAGCUCUUCAAUUAUCACUCUUCAGGAAAUCUCUCUCUGCUCAUAUCACACCUGACUGUAGAAGAUGGAGGAUGGUACAGGUGUCGGAUCAGCAACAAUGACUUUAAAGAUGUCUCAAUUAAAGUAAAAGAGACCAAAACAACUUCCACACAAGACAGGCGCCCUAAUGCCAUUAACAUCUUCCUCAUCAUCAUCAUCAUAAUCAUCAGCAUCAGCAUUGUUGUGAUGCUGCUGCUGAUACUUGGAGGAGUCAUAUACUGGAAACACAGAGGACAGAGACAAGAACAAACCAAGACUAGUGAUGGACAAAAAGGACAGAAUACACAGAAGACGGAGCAGGUCUUUUACACUCUAAACCCAGCUCUGAACCUAAUUAUGCAGCAUUACACAGAUGGGAUGAUGUGAUAUGCUCAACUGUAGUCCACUGUAACACUGAGAACAGGACACACUCUAGUGGCAUCAGAAGAUACUGCAGUAUAUGCCACUUUUAAAACCAACUAA